GUGACUCUGCCUUUGGGCUCCGCGCGUUUUAAUAGGAUGGUGUCUCCACGGGAUCAAAUUUCAGCGUCUCAUCUGGGGGCUGGCUUCGCGGUCCCUGAUGGGAGAGCAGGAGCAGGUGGCCCUUCCUCAGGAAAGACCUUGGAAUAUACAUUUCACUGGUCCAGGACCCCAGAGCCAGAGACCUUGCAGCUGGCUGCACCCGAAAACACAGUGACAGUUGGAACCUGGAGGCCAGGGAGAGACUCGGGGCCUCAGUCGCAUGGGUCCCUCCCCAACUCAGACUCACAGGAGCACUGUAAUGACCAGGACCCUCCAAAGAGGCAUCACAGCAACGCUAAGAAGCCCUUGGAGACCAGCUCUUCCAAAACCAAAGUUAAGUCCACCGUGAUGAUUCCCGAAUCCCAGAAGCUUUUGAGAUGUGAACUGGAGUCACUCAGGUGUCAGCUACAGGCUCAUACCAAGGCUUUCGAGUUCCUAAACCACUCAGUGACCAUGUUGGAGAAGGGGAGCUGCCUGCAGCAAAUCAAGAUCCAACAGCUUGAAGAGGUGCUGGGCCCCACGAGCCGCCAGGCAGACAAGGAGAGACACAAGUGGGACGUGGAGGAGGGACGGCAGGAGCUAUAUGAGGCUCUGGCUAAAGGCCUGCAGGGGCUGCAGAAGACCCUGCAUGACAACGAGGAGGUGCAGCGGGCCCGUACCACCCGCUCUCUACAGCUGUUGGCGCAGGAGAUCUGGAACAGCAAGAAAUUCCUGUGGGAGGAGCUGGAGCUGGUGCGGGAGGAGGUGACCUUCAUUUAUCAAAAGCUCCAGGCACAGGAAGAGGAGAUCACGGAGAACCUGGUGAACAUCCAGAAGAUGCAAAAGACACAGGUGAAGUGCCGCAAGGUCCUGACCAAAAUGAAGCAGCAGGGGCAUGAGACUGAGGAGUUGCCAUCAGGAGGCAGUGGCUCCUGGAGGGAUGACCUCCAGAAGGAGCUGGGUGACAUAUGGUCCGCUGUGCAUCUGCUGCAGAACUCCUUUGGUGGCCUCGCCAGAUACUCAGGGGGCCGCCCCAGGGCUGCGAGCCUCAGGGGCUAUAAGGGGCACCGAUGCCUGAGCCCUCCACUCCCCUCCUGGGACUCGGACUCGGACUCAGACCAGGACCCUUCCCAGCCACCACUCAGCAAGAGCUGCUCCUUCCCACCUGGUGUGGAUCCUCCCCUGCCCCAACCUACCCUUCCCCUCCUGGCCUGCCCUGGAAUCCCAAAGUACAGGCCCUUCCAACUCCCAGCCUGGGCAUCUGCCCCCUGA